AAUAGGAGGGUGUAUGUAGUAUAAUACUACAAAACGUCGUCGCAUCAUUUCUCUUUGCUCUUCUGUUUUUCAUUUUCUCAACUCAACUUCUUCAUCUCUAUCUUCUCCGAUCGAACUCCUUCCUUCUGGAAUCCGACCAACAUCCAUUUUCUCUCACUGAUAACCUUUGUUUUUAGUUUCGGGGAUCGGAAUUGAAGGAACGGAAGCUUCAAAGAUUUUAAUGGCGGCCGUAAAAGUGCCGAGGUCAAGAGGUCACUCUGGAACUCCGGCAAAGGAGAAUUUACCGAAACUUGAAGAUAGUUUAAAUGCUUUUCGUAAUGAUAAAUUUGAUCCUCAGUCCUAUGUUCAGUCCAAAUGUUCUCUUAAUGAGAAGGAAAUUAAGCAUUUAUGCUCAUAUUUACUGGAUCUAAAGAAGGCAUCUGCUGAGGAAAUGCGAAGAAGUGUUUAUGCGAACUACACAGCCUUUAUACGCACAUCAAAAGAAAUAUCAGAUCUAGAAGGCGAACUUCUUUCCAUCAGAAACCUUCUAACCACUCAAGCAGCACUUAUACAUGGACUUGCUGAAGGUGUUCACAUGGAAUCAUCAACAGUAAAUAUUACUGAAGGGUCUGUCAUGAAUGGCAUGAGUAAUAGUGAGGAAAAGGAACCUUCUGACCUGGAGAAGUGGUUGGUUGAAUUUCCUGAUCACCUUGAUGUGUUGUUAGCAGAAAGAAGAGUGGAUGAAGCAUUGACAGCUCUCAAUGAAGGAGAACGUGUAGCUUCUGAAGCCAAGGAAACAAAAACACUCAGCCCGGAUGUGAUCUCGUCCCUUGAAACAGCAGUUAAAGAACGAAGACAGAAAAUGGCUGAUCAGCUAGCCGAAGCUGCUUGCCAGCCUACAACUCGUGGUACUGAGCUUCGUGCUGCAAUAUCUGCUCUUAAAAAACUUGGUGAUGGUCCCCGUGCUCACACUUUACUUCUGAGUGCACAUUUACAAAGAUACCAGUAUAACAUGCAAAAUAUUCGUCCAUCAAGUAGCUCUUACGGAGGAGCCUACACUGCUGCUCUUUCUCAGCUGGUUUUUUCUGCUAUUGCUCAGGCAGCCAGUGAUUCUUUGACUAUUUUUGGUAACGAACCAGCUUACACGUCUGAAUUGAUAACAUGGGCUACACAGCAAAUAGAAGCGUUUGCUCAACUUGUGAAAAGGCAUGCACUAGCUUCUUCGGCAGCAGCAGGAGGUCUCAGAGCAGCUGCUGAGUGUGUUCAGAUAGCUUUAGGCCAUUGUUCGUUAUUAGAAGGUCGUGGUCUUUCACUUUGUCCAACACUAGUUAAACUCUUUAGACCUAGUGUUGAACAAGCAGUGGAUGCAAACUUUAAAAGGAUAGAGGAGAGUACUGCUGCUUUAGUGGCUGCUGAUGAUUGGGUUUUGACCCUUCCACCAAGUGUUACUCGCCAGUCUGGGAGGACUUUGAGCACUUCCGUUGCUAGCAUGGCAGGAUACCAGUACAAGCUUACAAGUAGUGCUCAUCGGUUCAUCUUGAUGGUCCAGGACUUCUUUGAGGAUGUGGGACCACUUCAGAGUAUGCAGCUGGGAAGUAAAACAUUAGAAGGUGUUUAUCGGGUUUUCAACUCAUAUGUUAACAUGCUCAUCAAAGCAUUACCGAAUUCUUUAGAAGAAGUAAAUUUUGAGGGCGCCGGAAAUAAAAUUGUUAAUAUGGCUGACAAUGAAUACCAACAGAUUGCAUUGCUGGCAAAUGCAUCACUAUUGGCUGAUGAGUUGCUCCCUCGUGCUUCCAUGAUGACUUCUCAAAACAGUCAGGCAGAUUAUGAUGAUUCUCGUAGAAGAAUUUCAGAUAGAAAAAAUCGUCAUUCUGAGCUCAGAGAAUGGAAGAGGAGACUUGUGAGUUCAGUUGAUAGACUCAAAAGUAGUUUCUGUCAGCAUCAUGCCCUGGAUCUAAUCUUUACAGAAGACGGUGCAAGCAAUCUUACAGCAGAUAUGUACUUGAAUAUGGAUGCUAGUGCGGAAGAUAUUGAAUGGUUUCCUUCUCCAAUAUUCCAGGAACUUUACUUCAAACUUAAUACCAUGGCUAGUAUUGCGGCAGAGAUGUUUGUCGGAAAAGAAAGAUUUGCUACGCUGCUGUUAAUGAAACUUACAGAGACUAUCAUUUUAUGGUUGUCUCAAGAUCAAAGCUUCUGGGAUGAUAUUGAGGAUGGUCCUAAGCCUUUAGGCCCUCUUGCCCUUCAACAGAUUUACUUGGAUAUGAAAUUUGUCAUCUUCUUUGCUUCUCAAGGUCGUUACUUGUCUCGUAACUUAGUUCGAGUCAUCAAUGAGAUCAUAGCUAAAGCACUUGCAGCAUUUCAAGCUACAGGCAGAGAUCCAUAUAGUAUACUACCUGAAGAUAACUGGUUUAACGACAUCUGUCAAGAUGCAAUUGAGACACUGAGUGGAAAGCCGAGAGAAAUCAAUGGGGAUCGUGAAGUGAAUAGCCCGACAGCUUCAGUCUCUGCUCAGUCAGUCUCAUCAUUCAGGUCUCAUGGGAGCUCUUAGCAGCUGUAUGUUUGCUCAUAUGUACAUUGGAAAUGAGAGCACCUCUGGAAUUUGUUACAGAGAUCUUUGUUCAUAGUUAUUGAAAUAUAUUUCCUGUUUUCCCCUUCAUUAUUUUCAAUUUUUAUUUUCAUUCAACCCUAGCAUUAUUCUGGUGCAUCAAGGCUUGUAAUUUUUGUAUAUUAAUUACCCACAGAAGGUUUCCGCCUUGAUUAUAGAAUUUACUGCGAUUACUUGUUCAUUGUACUACUGUUGCAAGAUAAAUUGCAAGGCGGCCUGAUCCCAACACCAUCCAUUGGUAACAUGUGUGGAAUAUCUUGAACAACGUAUAACCAUUUCUUGACAAGAGUGGAAUAACCUUGCACCGUAUGGCAUUUGUCGAGUAGUUCGUAACCUGUAGAUGUGGGCACAUGGAUCUGUUGCUCCACCAUAUAUGCAACAGUUAUCUUUAUUUUGUCCUUGCAAAUCAGCGUUGGAGGUUAGAGUGUUCGAGAGGUCGAUUUCCAUGAUCAGACAUCUCAAGUGAAAGCUUGAGUGUGCAUUUGAUGCGAGUCAAUGACUCAAGGUGCAAUAUGAGCUAAGUGCAUAAGCCAUCUUCAUGGAAUGUUAUUCUCACAAGCUUCUAGCUAUGCUAAGGGGAGAAAUGAACAAAACUCAUCAGAGGGUGUUCGGAGAGGCAUUGUAGUAUUCCUUUUGAAUCAUCGUUUGACCAACGAGUCAUUGAUACAUGUUGACAACUUGCCAAUAAAGGCUCAAGCAUGAGCACAACAUAACAUGUUGAUUGACGAUUCGUGCAAUUUACUUUACUACAGCAAAAUCGAUCAAGGUUUAGUCAGAACUGUUACAGGAUCACUUGGGAUCAAUCGAUCCUACAAACACCCGGUUCUUUACACUUUUUAAUUUAUCUUCUGCACUUAUUUUAUGUAAGCAAAAUAUGUAGACAAUGUGAAUUGUAGAUAAAUGCUAAAAAUGUUAGUGAUCGUCCUCAUCAAAACAUCCCCGAGCCUAAAUAGACAAUACUAAACUAUAUUUGACAAUUUGGAUCUAUAGAAAAAUUGUGAUAGAAAAAAAUUUAUCAAAUCCCA